GUUGGUGAACAGUGUGGGUCAGAGUCGCUUUGGGGACUAGUGAGCUUCUCAUACAGCUGUCCGGAGAAGAGCAGCGGAGCCAGGGAACAUAUGAUCUGAGAAGGUGUGUCUUGUCCUCCUGUCUGCUGCUACCAGGAUGCAGUUCUCAGUCAGACUGAGCCUCUGCCUGCUGGGCUUCGUUCUCGUCUCUGUAAUCCCUCAGCCAGCACAGGGUCAAGUUUCAUCACCAAGGAGAUUCCGUGCCAAAGUCCUGAGCCCCACUAAGCUGCAUGUGUCAUGGAAAGAGCCAAAAGGACAGUUUGAAAGCUACAAGGUCAUUUACACCACACAGCCAGGUGGAGGGCAGAAGGAGGUUCAGGUAUCGAAGCAGGAUGCAAAGCUGCUCAUCGAGGACUUUGACCCCUCUAAAGAAUACAACUUUAAGAUAAUUGCUGUCAGUGGGGGACAGCAGAGCAAACCUCUUCAGGCCAAACAUGAAGCUCAACAAUCGGCCGUUGAGAUGGUUCAGUCUCAGAGGAGACAGGACAGCGGUGUCACCGAGGAGAACAACGAGAUAACAGAAGCUGGAGACGAGUUUAUGUGUAAGACUCCGGCCAUAUCUGACAUCGUUAUUCUGGUGGAUGGCUCCUGGAGUAUCGGCCGCAUCAACUUCAGGCUGGUCAGGACGUUCCUGGAAAACCUGGUCAAGGCCUUUUCUGUGGAGUUUGACAAGACCAGGAUUGGCCUGGCUCAGUACAGCGGCGACCCCAGAAUCGAGUGGCAUCUUAACACUCACACCACCAAAGAGGCUGUGAUCGAUGCUGUGAAGAACCUGCCGUAUAAAGGAGGAAACACACUGACAGGUCUGGCUCUGACCUUCAUCCUGGAGAACAGCUUCAAACCCGAGUCUGGAUCCAGGCCUGGCGUUCCCAAAAUAGGAAUCCUCAUCACUGACGGGAAGUCCCAGGAUGAUGUGAUACCCCCCGCACAGAGCUUGAGGGAUGCUGGGAUAGAAUUGUUUGCCAUUGGUGUGAAAAACGCUGAUGAGAAUGAACUGAAGGCCAUCGCCUCUCCUCCUGAGGAAACUCACGUCUACAAUGUGGCGGACUUCAGUGUGAUGAGUGACAUCGUGGAAGGCCUCACCAAGACUGUCUGCGACCGAGUGGAGCAGCUCGACAAGCAGAUCAGAGGGGGAGGACAACCAGCCCCCCCGCCCACCUCUGUAGCACCGCCCCGUGAUCUGGUGACAUCAGACAUCACGGCUCGCAGUUUCCGGGUGACGUGGACCCACGCACCAGGCCAGGUGGAGAAGUACCGCGUGGUCUACUACCCAGCCAGCGGAGGACAGCCAGAUGAAAAGGUGGUCCACGGGACAGAGAACAGUGUGGAGCUGAGCUACCUAAACUCUCUGACCGAAUACCAGGUGGCUGUUUUCGCCGUCUAUCGCAGCUCUGCCAGCGAGGCUCUGAGAGGAAGUGCUACCACAUUGGCCCUGCCCAUGGUGAACGACCUGGAGCUGUUUGAUAUCACUCACAGCACCAUGAGGGUCCGCUGGAAGAUCGCCGCUGGUGCCUCUGGGUACAUGAUCCUGUAUGCCCCGCUGACCGAGGGAGAUCCUGCAGACGAGAAGGAGGUGAAGGUGGAGGGCUCGGUGAACGAGGUGGAGCUGGAGGGAUUGACUCCUGACACGGAGUACACGGUGACGGUUUACGCCAUGUAUGGAGAAGAGGCCAGCGACCCCAUGACCAGCCAGCAGACCACAUUACCGCUGACGCCAGCAAGGAACCUGCGUUUCUCAGAUGUGGACCACAGCUCUGCCCGGCUCACAUGGGACUCUGCUUCCAGGAAGGUCAAAGGCUACCGCAUCAUGUACGUCAAGACCAACGGAGUCCAGACCAAUGAGGUGGAUGUUGGCCAUGUGACAUCCUGGUUGCUAAGAAACCUGACUUCCCUGACAGAGUACACAGUUGGUGUGUUUGCCGUUUACGAUGAGGGACAAGCUGAGGCUGUGACUGACAGCUUCACCACGAAGACCGUCCCUGACCCGCCAGACCUGAGGAGCAGUGACAUCUCCACUGACAGCUUCAGAGUGUCAUGGCAACACCCAGCCUCUGAUGUGGUGCUGUACCGCCUCAUCUGGACGCCCACAGAUGGAGGAGACAGCGAAGAGGUUCUGGUGAACGGAAACAUUAACACCUACCUGAUAAAAGGACUCAGCCCCCUCACCGAGUAUGAAGUCCUCCUCACUGCCAUCUACGGCAACGAGGUUGAGAGUGACGAGGUGAUCCUUGUAGAGUCCACGGUUGAAAGAACAACUACCCUGGCCACAACAACCACCACUGCAGCAACUCCUCGUUAUGGGGUGAGGAACAUGAGGAUCGAUGAGGAAACCACCUUCAGUAUGCGGGUGGCGUGGCAGCCUGCGGACACGAGGAAUGUCCGACAUUAUCGACUGAGCUACAUCAGCGCCAAGGGAGACCGAGCAGAGGAGACGAGGACGGUGCCCGCAGGUCAGAACAGCCUGGUUCUGCAGCCCUUGCUGUCAGACACUGAGUACAAAGUCGCCAUCACUCCUGUUUACCCUGAGGGAGAUGGACCGACAGCGGCACGAAUGGGACGAACACUUCCUCUCUCAGCUCCAAAGAACCUGCGGGUGUCAGAGGAAUGGUAUAACCGCUUUAGGAUCAGCUGGGACGUUCCUCCUUCACCCACCAUGGGCUACAGGGUUGUCUACCAGCCUCUCUCUGCCCCUGGACCAGCUUUGGAGACCUUUGUAGGAGAGGACGUGAACACAAUGCUGAUUGUCAACCUGCUGAGCGGGACUGAAUACAGUGUCAAGGUCAUCGCCUCCUACACCACCGGAUCCAGCGAGGCUCUUUCAGGGAGGGCCAAGACCUUGUAUCUUGGGGUGACUAACCUGAAUACAUACCAGAUGAGGAUGAACAGUUUUUGCGCCCAGUGGCAGCCUCACCGACACGCCAGUACCUACAGAGUGGUCAUCGAGUCUCUGCUCAAUGGUCAGAAGCAGGAGACGAAGCUGAGCGGAUCAUCCAACAGACACUGUUUCAACAACCUGAAGGCCAACACGCAGUAUAAGAUGAGUGUGUACGCUCAGCUGCAGGACGGGACUGAGGGGCCUGCAGUCACUGUGAUAGAUAAGACACUGCCCAUCCCAACUCAGGCUCCAACCAGGCCCCCCACCACCACGCCGCUGCCCACCAUCCCCCCUGCAAAGGAAGUCUGUAAGGCAGCUAAAGCAGACCUGGUCUUCCUGGUUGAUGGUUCCUGGAGUAUUGGUGAUGACAAUUUCCUGAAGAUCAUCCGCUUCCUGUACAGCACAUCCGGAGCUCUGGACCAGAUCGGCCCGGAUGGCACACAGGUUGCCAUCGCCCAGUUCAGUGACGAUGCCCGGACUGAGUUCAAACUGAACUCGUACAGUGAUAAAGAGCGACUGCUGGACGCCAUCAACAAGAUCUCCUACAAGGGAGGAAACACAAAGACAGGUCGAGCCAUCCAGCAUGUGAAGGAAAACAUCUUCACAGUAGAGGGAGGAGUCAGGAGGGGAAUCCCCAACGUCCUUGUGGUCCUCACCGAUGGCCGAUCUCAGGAUGACGUCAACAAGGUGUCCAAAGAGAUGCAGAUGGAAGGGUACAUUGUAUUUGCUAUCGGCUUUGCUGACGCUGACUAUGGGGAGCUGGUGAGCAUCGCCAGUAAACCCAGCGACAGACAUGUCUUCUUUGUGGACGACCUGGACGCCUUCAAGAAGAUUGAAGAGAAGCUGGUGACCUUUGUGUGUGAGGCUGCCACUGCCACUUGUCCGUCUGUACCGAUGAGCGGCAGCACAACUCCAGGUUUCCGUAUGAUGGAGCUGUUUGGGCUGAUGGAAAAUCGGUAUGGAAGCAUGUCCGGCGUUUCUAUGGUACCCGGCACCUUUAAUACCUUCCCCUGUUUCCACCUGCACAGUGACGCUUUUCUGGCACAGCCAACCAGGUACAUCCAUCCUGAAGGGCUGCCCUCUGACUACACCAUCACCCUGCUGUUCAGACUGCUGCCCGACACUCCAGAGGAGCCCUUUGCUCUCUGGGAGAUCCUCAAUAAGAACAACGAGCCUCUGGUGGGAGUCAUCCUGGACAAUGGAGGAAAGACUCUGACGUUCUUCAACAACGACUACAAAGGAGAGUUCCAGACGGUCACCUUCGAAGGGCCAGAAAUCAAAAAACUCUUCUACGGCAGCUUCCAUAAGCUUCAUAUUGCAAUCAGCAAGACGAGUGCCAAAGUGGUGAUUGACUGCAAGAUGGUGGCCGAGAAAACCAUCAACGCAGCGGGAAACAUCACCAUCGACGGACUGGAAGUUCUGGGCCGGAUGGUCCGCUCUAGAGGGAACAAGGACAAUUCUGCACCGUUCCAGCUUCAGAUCUUUGACAUCGUCUGCAGCACUUCGUGGGCCAGCAGAGACAAGUGCUGCGAACUUCCUGGUCUGAGGAAGGAGGUAGACUGCCCGGCCAUGCCCAAAGCCUGCACCUGCACCCAGGACAGUAAAGGCCCCCCUGGCCCUGCUGGACCACCAGGAGGCCCAGGAAUCAGAGGAGCCAGAGGUGAUCGUGGAGAGCCAGGCCCGGUGGGGCCCACUGGUCCAGCAGGUGAUACAGGUGUACCAGGACCUCAGGGACCCCAAGGACCACAGGGACCCAGUGGACGCUCCAUCAUAGGACCCCCAGGUGCUCCAGGAGAGAGAGGACAGAAAGGUGAAGCUGGACAACAAGGAGCACAGGGAGUUCCUGGCAGAGCUGGAGCUCCAGGCAGAGAAGGACCUGCAGGACCCAGAGGACUGCCAGGCAAAGACGGCCCACCGGGCAGACAGGGUCCAACAGGAACUAUUGGGACACCAGGAGCCCCAGGGGCCCCGGGUAACACAGGCCCUCCAGGAAAACAGGGAGAACUGGGACCACCAGGUCCUCUUGGAACCAAGGGGGAGAAAGGUGAACGGGGUGACCUGCAGUCGACAGCAUCAGUUCAGGCCAUCGCCAGGCAGGUCUGUGAGCAGCUGAUUCAGAGCCACAUGGCACGCUACAACUCCAUCCUGAACCACGCGCCCAGUCCGCCGGUGUCCAUCCGCACUGUGCCAGGACCCCCUGGAGAGCCUGGCAGACAGGGAAGUCCAGGGCCACAGGGAGAACAGGGUCCCCCAGGAAGACCCGGCUUCCCAGGACAGAAUGGCCAGAACGGGCAGCCGGGAGAGAGAGGUCAGCCAGGAGAAAAGGGUGAGAAAGGAUCUCAAGGUAUUGGAGUCCAAGGCCCCAGAGGACCCUCAGGACCCCCUGGUCCCCAAGGGCAGGGCAGACCUGGCAGCCAGGGUCCCUCAGGGCGACCUGGAAAUCCUGGAGCCACUGGUCGGCCUGGGGUCCCUGGACCCGUCGGUUCUGCUGGGCCUCCAGGCUACUGCGACCAGAAUGCCUGUAUGGGCUACAAUGUUGGAGAGGGUGAAGAUGUCAUUGACCGCGACGCUAUCCCCCCAGUCCAAUUGCCGUCCACCGUCUUCCAGAACUACGGCGAGGUUGAGGAGGAUGAUCCCUACCGCUACUACGAGCCCAAUUAUCCAGCACCGCGGCCCGUGGCGCCUGACGACCCAGCGUUGGACAACAUCGAGCUGAGUUCCCCUGGCAUCCACCGCAGCGCCCGGAGCCUGAAGAAAGACGAAGAGAUAGUCGGGCCGAAGAGGAGACUAAAGAAAGGAGCGAAGGCGCUGCCUGGACUAAUUAAAUGAGAGAAGGUGAUUGGAGGACGGAGGGCCGCUCGCUGUUUCCGAUUGGGCGGUUACGGACUAAUCAACAAGUGCCUGAUGUAGAGGAUUUCUUAUGGACAUUGUAGAGGGGAUGGGGUGGGGCUAUCAGGUUGGGACUAUUUUAACUCAUCUAUGCUAUUGAAUUAACUUCAAAAAAGUUUAUGUUGUUUAAUUUGUUUUUGUCAUUUUUGUCUCAGUUGAGACAGUCAUCUUAAAAUGGAUUCAGCUUAACUGGAUUUUGUAUUUCACUGUCCCACAGCAUCUCUCUUUUAACAGGUUAACUGUUUCGGUGAUAAAAGUUUCUCAGAUAUUUUGUCAACAGAUUGAUUGGAGAAAAGUAGCCGGCCCUGUUUUCAGGUUUCACUUCUGCUGUUUGUUAUUAUCCUGGUUGGUUAAGUGCCUCCUAAUCAUCUGGAACAAAUUUCAAAAUGCAGAAAUACAAACACACCACAACAUUUAGACAUGUGCAGCAACUUAUCAAGCAACACUGUCACUCUUCAUGUUUCGACAUCUUUAAUGUUGUAUCACAACCUUUUAAUUUUUGGACUGCAGAGGUCUCAGAUAACAUCAUGUGCAAGCACAGCAGUAUUACAGUGGCUGCAAGUCAGACAUAAGAUAAACACAAACCACCUGUGAGAUUACUGCUGUGAACAGCAUGAAAGGUUUACAGUGUUUCAAAGUGAUGAGACUUUAUAUGUGCUUAUAAGUGUGAACUUUAGGUUAAUUACUUGACAACGUGACAUGACAUGACAUGACAUGACAUGACAUGACAACGUCAGAGUCCAACAGUUAGGGCACCUGUCAUCCAAGGUUUAUCCUCCUGAGACCCGAACUUUUGUUUGGUGUGCUUUUUUAAUUUCUCCUAGCUAUCAGGGAUCAGUAGGACC